GCGAGAUGCUCUCCUAGAAGCCGGCGCCGGCGCCUCCGCCCCCACCCCCCCGCCGCGUCCGCCCCCCAGCUGCUCGGGCAGGAUGGUACAGUCUGCAGAGGGACCGGGCACGCUGGCUGGGCUCAGCCGCGGCACCAGCUGCCGCACCGCGAUUACGGGCUGCCCGCCUGGAAGCCGGGCCGGAUUGGGGUGAUUUUCGUAGCCAAGAGCCACCACCCCUGACCAUGUAGAUGCCAGCUCUGGGGAGCAGCAUGGGCGCCACUGAAUGGAGACUCCUGGGUCUGCAGCCCUGAGCCCUUCUGGCCCCUGGACCUUCUCCCACACCUGGGGACACCCCUUGGAGCUCACCACCUCGGCCACCUCGGCCGCCCCCUACCCCUGGGACCCAGACUUGGUGGCCAGGAGCCGAAGUUAUCCAGUGAGGUUGAGCUGAGGACAGCCACACGGAGCCAUCUCGCAGCAGCCUCUUGUCCAGCACUGACCCUCGGGCUCACCCCAAGUGGGGACUGGGGCAGUCAUGGGUGACAUGACCAACAGCGACUUUUACUCCAAAAACCAAAGAAAUGAGUCGAGCCAUGGGGGCGAGUUUGGGUGCACGAUGGAGGAGCUCCGCUCCCUCAUGGAGCUGCGGGGCACCGAGGCCGUGGUCAAGAUCAAGGAGACCUAUGGGGACACCGAAGCCAUCUGCCGGAGCCUCAAGACCUCGCCUGUCGAAGGUUUGCCGGGCACCACUCCAGACCUGGAAAAGAGAAAGCAGAUUUUUGGGCAAAACUUUAUACCUCCAAAGAAGCCAAAAACCUUCCUGCAGCUGGUAUGGGAAGCGCUACAAGACGUGACCCUGAUCAUCCUGGAAAUCGCAGCCAUCAUCUCCCUGGGGCUCUCCUUCUACCACCCGCCAGGCGAGAGCAACGAAGCAUGCGCGACGGCCCAGGGCGGGGCAGAGGAUGAAGGGGAGGCAGAGGCGGGCUGGAUCGAGGGGGCUGCCAUCCUCCUCUCAGUCAUCUGCGUGGUCCUCGUCACGGCCUUCAAUGACUGGAGCAAAGAGAAACAGUUCCGGGGCCUGCAGAGCCGUAUUGAGCAGGAGCAGAAGUUUACUGUGAUCCGGGCCAACCAGGUGGUCCAGAUCCCUGUGGCCGAGAUCGUGGUUGGAGACAUCGCCCAGGUCAAAUAUGGCGACCUCCUCCCUGCUGACGGCCUCUUCAUCCAGGGCAAUGACCUCAAGAUUGAUGAAAGCUCCCUGACUGGGGAGUCUGACCAGGUGCGCAAGUCUGUGGACAAGGACCCCAUGCUGCUGUCAGGGACCCACGUGAUGGAGGGCUCAGGACGGAUGUUGGUGACUGCUGUGGGUGUGAACUCUCAGACUGGCAUCAUCUUUACCCUGCUGGGGGCCGGUGGUGAAGAGGAAGAGAAGAAAGACAAGAAAGCCAAACAGCAGGAUGGGGCAGCCGCCAUGGAGAUGCAGCCCCUCAAGAGCGCCGAGGGCGGUGACGCGGACGACAAGAAGAAGGCCAACAUGCACAAAAAAGAGAAGUCUGUGCUGCAGGGCAAGCUCACUAAGCUGGCUGUGCAGAUUGGCAAGGCAGGCCUGGUGAUGUCGGCCAUCACGGUGAUCAUCCUGGUGCUCUACUUCACCGUGGACACCUUCGUGGUCAACAAGAAGCCGUGGCUGCCCGAGUGCACUCCUGUCUAUGUGCAGUACUUCGUCAAGUUCUUCAUCAUUGGCGUGACAGUGCUGGUGGUCGCCGUGCCUGAAGGGCUCCCUCUGGCCGUCACCAUCUCACUGGCCUACUCGGUGAAGAAAAUGAUGAAGGACAACAACCUGGUGCGCCACCUGGAUGCCUGUGAGACCAUGGGCAAUGCCACGGCCAUCUGCUCGGACAAGACUGGCACGCUGACCACCAACCGCAUGACGGUGGUACAGGCCUACAUCGGUGACGUCCACUACAAGGAGAUCCCCGACCCCAGCUCCAUCAACGCCAAGACCAUGGAGCUGCUAGUCAACGCCAUCGCCAUCAACAGCGCCUACACCACUAAGGUCCUGCCCCCGGAGAAGGAGGGCGCCCUGCCUCGGCAGGUGGGCAACAAGACAGAGUGCGGCCUGCUGGGCUUCGUGCUGGACCUGAAGCAGGACUACGAGCCCGUCCGCAUCCAGAUGCCAGAGGAGAAGCUGUACAAAGUGUACACCUUCAACUCCGUGCGCAAGUCUAUGAGCACGGUUAUCAAGCUGCCCGACGAGAGCUUCCGCAUGUACAGCAAGGGUGCUUCCGAGAUCGUGCUCAAGAAGUGCUGCAAAAUCCUCAACGGGGCAGGUGAGCCCCGGGUCUUCCGGCCCCGUGACCGGGACGAGAUGGUGAAGAAGGUGAUUGAGCCCAUGGCCUGUGACGGGCUCCGCACCAUCUGCGUGGCCUACCGUGACUUCCCCAGCAGCCCCGAGCCCGACUGGGACAACGAGAACAGCAUCCUCAAUGACCUCACCGGCAUCUGUGUGGUGGGCAUUGAGGACCCCGUGCGGCCCGAGGUCCCGGAAGCCAUUCGCAAGUGCCAGCGGGCAGGCAUCACGGUCCGCAUGGUCACCGGUGACAAUAUCAACACAGCCCGGGCCAUUGCCAUCAAGUGUGGCAUCAUCCAUCCUGGGGAGGACUUCCUAUGCCUCGAGGGCAAGGAGUUCAACCGGAGGAUCCGCAAUGAGAAGGGGGAGAUUGAGCAAGAGCGAAUCGACAAGAUCUGGCCAAAGCUGCGAGUGCUGGCUCGCUCCUCCCCCACGGACAAGCAUACCCUGGUCAAAGGCAUCAUCGACAGCACCCAUACUGAGCAGCGACAGGUGGUAGCCGUGACCGGGGAUGGGACCAAUGACGGGCCUGCACUCAAGAAGGCUGACGUGGGCUUUGCCAUGGGCAUCGCAGGCACAGAUGUGGCCAAGGAGGCCUCUGACAUCAUCCUGACCGACGACAACUUCAGCAGCAUUGUCAAGGCCGUGAUGUGGGGCCGAAAUGUCUACGACAGCAUCUCCAAGUUCCUGCAGUUCCAGCUGACGGUCAACGUGGUGGCUGUGAUUGUGGCCUUCACGGGAGCCUGUAUCACGCAGGAUUCCCCUCUGAAGGCUGUGCAGAUGCUCUGGGUGAACCUCAUCAUGGACACGUUUGCCUCCCUGGCGCUGGCCACUGAGCCGCCCACUGAGACUCUGCUCCUGCGAAAGCCGUAUGGCCGCAACAAGCCCCUCAUCUCACGUACCAUGAUGAAGAACAUCCUGGGCCACGCUGUCUACCAGCUCACCCUCAUCUUCACCCUGCUCUUUGUGGGCGAGAAGAUGUUCCAGAUCGACAGCGGGAGGAACGCGCCCCUGCACUCCCCGCCCUCGGAGCACUACACCAUCAUCUUCAACACCUUCGUCAUGAUGCAGCUCUUCAAUGAGAUCAAUGCUCGCAAGAUCCACGGCGAGCGCAACGUCUUUGACGGCAUCUUCCGGAACCCCAUCUUCUGCACCAUCGUGCUGGGCACCUUUGCCAUCCAGAUAGUGAUCGUGCAGUUUGGGGGGAAGCCGUUCAGCUGCUCGCCGCUGCAGCUGGACCAGUGGAUGUGGUGCAUCUUCAUCGGACUAGGAGAGCUCGUCUGGGGCCAAGUCAUCGCCACCAUCCCAACCAGCAGGCUCAAGUUCCUCAAGGAGGCAGGAAGACUCACGCAGAAAGAGGAGAUCCCCGAGGAGGAGCUCAAUGAGGACGUGGAGGAGAUAGACCACGCGGAGAGAGAGCUGCGGCGGGGCCAGAUCCUGUGGUUCCGAGGCCUGAAUCGGAUCCAAACUCAGAUCCGCGUCGUGAAGGCGUUCCGUAGCUCUCUCUAUGAAGGUUUAGAAAAGCCUGAGUCUCGAACCUCCAUCCAUAAUUUCAUGGCUCAUCCUGAAUUCCGGAUCGAAGAUUCCCAGCCCCACAUCCCCCUCAUCGACGACACCGACCUGGAAGAAGAUGCCGCACUCAAGCAGAACUCGAGCCCGCCGUCCUCGCUCAACAAGAACAACAGCGCCAUCGACAGCGGGAUCAACCUGACGACCGACACAAGCAAAUCAGCUACCUCUUCAAGUCCAGGGAGCCCCAUCCACAGCCUGGAGACGUCGCUUUAGCUGAGGACCUCCGGCGCCCGCCCGCCCUCACAGACCCCACCACCACCUGCCUUUCGGGCACCCACCCACCCAGGCACCCAAGACACCAAGCAGCAAAGAGCAACAACAGAAAACCAAACACUGGAGAGAGAACCCAUGUUUCCACCCAACAGACCCUUUCUCUGGCUGCGAUGCUGUUUGAACUUUUUCACUUGGAGGCAAGGGGCGGGAUCUCUACUGGGGGCUUAUGGGAGUGAGCGAUUUGUCAAAACCCGCCCUUCCUGGCUCCCGCCCACACAUGGACCAGCCAUGCCCCCGCCCGGCCACCACGUCCCCUGCAUGAAUGUACUGUACACUUCCAGUCCUCCCCUUGUUUGGUUUUCGGGGGUUUGGGGAGGGGUUUUUUGUUUGUUUUCUUAGGCGGGAACUGCAAACACUCUUUUCUGAGACUAUUUAUCCAAUCCACUGGUCUGUGAGUUUUUGAAAUGCUUGCGCAGCAUGGUCUCAGUUGUAUAGAUUAAUUUAAUAACUUUUUGAAAUUGCAGAGCUUAACUCGCCUAGUAGAUUUGCACCAACGGAACCGAGGAACUUCAUAGACACUCACAAGGUUAUAUCCAUUUCUUUGUAUCUAUAUCUACGUAUACUUCUCCAAGACUGUAUACGUCCAUAUAGAUAAGUAGAUUUAUAUAUAUAUAUAUAUAUAUAUAUAUAUAUAAAUAUAUAUAUAUACAUGGAUAUAUAUAAAGUUUCUUUGCCGGCAUGUUGCCUUGUUUCCGCUUAAAUUGCUCUAUUUUAACUUAUUUAUGUUCUAAAAGAAGAAUGUAAUUUGUUUACAAACCUGUAGAUAAUGUCUGGCUAUUUGUACCGUUUAAGAACACUGGUGGCUGAGAUGCUGUACCGACAGCUCAGCCCAACAGACACUUCUCCUGGAUUGCAUCCCUGAUGUUUUACAAUAGCCAUGCUCUGAUUUUUGCCUGCCAUUUCCGUUGAAUAACGUCACUACCGCGGGAGUCUCAGGCAGGAGCCAAACACUACCGAGUAUCCAUCUAGAGAAGUUUCAUAACGUGCUCCGUAGACGAAGGGAGAGGAGGAGAGAAGGCUUCCUGGGUUUGUAGCACUAACGGCCAUCCUGGCCCAAGGAUGACGGCAGCAUCCACGAAGCAAACGUUGAAGACUUUUCUCUCAAUGAAACUCGCUUGAGUUUACCAAGAGCAUUUCCAAACUUGGUUCUCUUUGGCGCUGUCUGUACAGAGAUUGGGGUAGUGUUGAGAUAUUAUAAAUGCUAUUGUGUUGAUUUUUUUUUAUUAGUAAUUUAGAGGUUUAUUCCCUUAUAAAUUGCAGCAUAUGAGCUGUUGGCAUAUGGAUGAAGAUCAGUAUGGCUUGCUGCUUUUAUUUUUAUUUUUGAAGAAAAAUAGCCUUUUUCUCUGCACUAUUUAGAUCCGAAUGAACUUUAUGAUGUGUAUAUUGAGAUGUAUUCAGUGUGAUUUUUUAAACCAAAUUGUCUUCCUGUAGUCACGAUAUAUACUAUAGCCUUUUAACAGCAAGUCUCGCUUUCCCAGACAGAAAGCCAUUCUGAAACCCUGCGGUAUCACAGGUGAGAAAAGGUGGUUAUUUUUUCCCCCAAACCAAUAACAGCACUAGUAAUCCCACUUAUAAGAGCUUAUUUAAUUGUAUGUCAGCCUCUUAACUGCUAAGCACUUUGUGGGUCUCAGCUUUUUUCAUAAAAGAACUUUUGUAUUUAAUACAAAGUUAGCUUUGAGACUUUUCAGCAUACGAUCUUUUUCCAUAAACUUGUACAGUGCAAAAGACAUUUUGAAUACCAUGAUCGAUGAUGUCCCAUGCUUCGAGGAAAACCAAACACUUUCCGCCUUGCUUGCAAAACUCAUUCCUCACGCUGACCCUUCCCACAGUUGUUCUGUGUCCGCCCGGCCCCUUCCCUUCUCCGGGCCCAGAGAACUCUUCCACAAACAAGAUGAGAUCCCCUCGGGAAAAGAGCCAUAGUCAGCUGGGAGGGCCUAGGUCUGGAUGGCUGUGGAAAAACUUGAGGGCUUAGGGUCUGAAGUCAGCCAACCCCACAAGGCUAAACCCUCCUGUCAGGAGAAAGCUUUCAAGAGGGCCUUCUUUGUGAGAGACCAUCACCUGAACGUCACGAAGAAAUAUCUCUGAAUGUAUCUGGGAGAGGCAACUGCACCCCUGAAGGGGCGAGCAACCCUCAGACGUGCUUACUGGAUUCAGCUACAAGCACCACCAAAAGCCAGCCUGCUGAGCAACUCUGAGGAAGGAAUGCCUCGCAUGGGUGAGACACGGGGCAGCCUCGGAACAUGGUGUUUUUCGGAGUUUCGUCUCUCAAGGUUUCCCAUUCUCCCCUUCUUCGUUCUAAUCAUGUCUCCAUGACCUCAUUCCAUGACACCAGGAUAGUUCCACUUGUACCAUGCUUCCUGUUCCUCUGCAGCCAAGAUGCAAGGAAACCAGGAGGGGCUUCUGUGAGUGGAGCCUCACUUGGGGAAUAGGGAAUGAUGGAAGCUACCGAGAACGUCCGACGUCAGCUUUGGUCUUUUCUUGUCAGGAAUGACAGAUUCUCUCCCACACACACCCUCACUCUCACACUUGCAUACACAGCCACACACACAGGAAAUGAUUGGUUUGUCAAAACUCACUGUAGUACAUAAAGCUUGCACUCUGCGUCCUAUAUCUAGCAGCAUGGGGUACGUUUGACAGUUCACCCCACUAGGGGGUAGAUAAUUUAUGACCAUUCAUCUGUUUUUAUGAAUUUUUUUAUCUAGACAAUAAUUGUAAAUAAAGAACUCACCGUCUCUGUUC